GCCACCACGAGCCAGUUGGGAGGCAGUUUGAGCCACUGCACGCCACUAGGCACCUUAUUGGCGACACUAGGCGCCACAGCAAAUUGCAUUGGUGCGAACUGGCGCCGGCCCAGUGGACUCCUAGCAUUAGAGAGUCCACAAAAAGUCCAAAAAGACAAAGAAAAGGUCACUGAAUUUGCCAUUAUUCGUAUUUUGGAGUUUCUAAUUUGUUAAAAUGGUAACACUCACUUCCCUCCUGCUAUGUGUUCUUAUUCUCUGGCAGACCAGGUGCGUAUGAGGUGUGUUAAGAAGCAGACUUAGGAUGCCAUCUACUGUAUGGACUACUAAUGUUUGGGAAACACUGCAUGCCACCUCCUUGUUAUUGCAGGUGAAAUGUAAACUGUCACAGCCUCUAACAGAAAUGAAAAAUUUAGACAGGGGAAUUCUGGGAAGUGGUGUGUGUGUGUAUAUACACCCCCCCCAGCUACCCAGCUCUAGAGGCUUAUCUCUCUCUCUCUCUCUCUCUCUCUUUCUCUCUCGCUCUCUCUCUCGCUGUCUGUCUAUUUAUAUCUCUAACUCCUCCCUCUCUCAAGCAAGCUAUUUUCAUCUAUAGAUCCCCCCACCACCACCACCAUGUUAGUGUCUUUUCUUUUCUCGACUCUUCAUCAGGUGAAAGCUGCAGGGAAGACUGAAAUGAAAGAAGGUGUUUCCCUUUUUUCUUCAUCAAAUGAGAAAAAGCUGUUUGUUUAUCCUUCUUAACGUCCGCUCCACUACUUUCAGCUUCCCUCGCUCUCUCGCUCCCCUCCCCUUCAUUCAGCAGCGUCACAGAAUGACUUACGUAUGCACAAACACGCACGCCAAUGACUGUCAGACAGUGAAUAUUAGCCGUCUGACCGGCAGUUAUUUCUAGUGGGUGUAUGAAGGUGAACGACGCAGUAGCCUGCCCUUUUACUGAGUUUCUAACCAGGGAUAAGAGGAUAACGUGUGAUCAGUGGCUGUUCAUUUUUCUGGGGAGGAUUCUAACUCACUGUCUUUUUUCAGCCUCACAUUUCCUUGUUUUUUUUUUUUUAUCUUUUCAUGUCACUCGCUUCCUCACCCACCCUCCUUGCUUCCAUUUCCCUCUCUCUAUCGUUCUUGCAGCGCUUGAUUCUAAUUUUGGAAGCAUGGAACCUCGGGGAGUGCUCUCCCAAAGCUAUUUAUGUCCUCGCUUCUCCUUAUCUUCCUCCUCUCCUCCUCUCCCUCUCAUCAGCCAGGAGGAGAACAGCAUGAGGAUCCUUUGAUGCAGGGGAAUUCAGCUUCUCCUUGUAUCUGUUUUCAUGUGGUGUUAUUAGCUGUGGGAAGUGGCAAAGAGGCAGCUGCAGCUCUCGGCUCGUCCGUCCUGAUGCAAGCCGACUGCACACAUGGAACCCAUCGCCUCCAUCACUUCUCAGCCCGUGGAAUUUUUGGGAAGUUUUACAAAGGUUUUACAAAGUGAAUCGGUUUCUUCACGGUUAAUCUUGGUCGCUUUGCUCAACUUGGAGUGGAUGUUCCAUAAGAGGCAAACUUUGUGAUCCGCAAGAGUGGCCGCCACAUCCUACAACAUUGCAGCCAUUAUCACACGCUCAGCAAAGUGCUUUGCAUGGAUCUGGACUCCAGAUGACAUAGAUGAGACCAGCCAACCUUGAUCCAUUCUAAUGAGUCUGUUAACAUCGGUCUCUCGUCGCUGUACAUCUUCCAGUACAUCCUUUUUUAUUGUGAUUGAUUGGUCCAGCCAAGCGGAGGGAAGACUUUCUGGAGACUGCAUCAGAGAAGAGGAUCUUGUGAGCCACUGUCAGUAGCACGAUAAAAUCUGUCAAGAAUUUCCCCUCCAUAAUCCCGGAAUAAAACAUUGAUUUCUUGACGGAUACGGAUUCUUCCCAUUCUUUUUUUUGUGAAGAAAAGCAGCUUUCAACAACUUUAAAUGGUUCUAAGUGAUUACUAAUAACCUCACAAGAUGAGUAACCCACGGUUCUUGAAUACAUGGCAGUAUUCUUGAAAAGGAACUGUUUUGUGACAGAAUAGACCACUUCUCUCGUCUUGGCAUGCUGUUGCAUCCCACGGUGUCAGGAUUGUGCACCAUGUUGCAGACCAUUUACGAGACUGAGUCCUGUUUUUCCUCUGCCAGCACAGACAGCCAACAGCCUCUGGAGCUCCUGAGUAGCAGCAGGGGCUCUACCACUGCCAUGCCCACAGCCGUACUGGAGGUGAAGAGCAGCCUCCCAUCUGGCAUGCAGAGCCCAGUAGGAACAGCAAAUGAACAGCGGGGAGGAAGUGGAGAAGGUUCUGAAGAAAGCUCAGGUGGAGGAGGAGGAGGCCCUGUUGACUUGCGUACCGAACUCAGGGUGGGAUCUUUGUCUGCGGGGGCUGCUGGAGUGGACACAUCCUUAAGGGAGCAGCAGCUCCAGCAUGAACUUGUGCUCCUUAAACAGCAGCAAGAACUCCAGAAACAACUACUAUUUGCCGAAUUCCAGAAAAAACAUGAAGUGCUAACCAGACAACAUGAAGUCCAGCUCCAGGAACACCUGAAGCAACAACAGGAGCUGUUGGCAGCCAAGCGACAGCAAGAGCUGGAACAGAAGCGGAAACUGGAACAACAAAGGCAUGAAGAGCAAGAGAAACAACGACUGGAGCAACAGUUGCUUCUACUGCGGAAUAAAGAGAAAGGCAAAGAGAGUGCCAUUGCCAGUACAGAGGUGAAGCUGAAACUGCAGGAAUUCCUUCUCAGCAAGAAAGAACCUGGUAUUGGUGGACUGAACCAUUCCUUCUCCCCAAAGUGCUGGGGAGGCCAGAACGCUUCCCUGGAGCAAAAUUCCCCGCCCCAGAGUAAUACUCCAGGAACGCCUCCCUCGUAUAGACUUCCCACAUUACUGGGAAACUAUGAAGGCAAAGAUGACUUUCCGCUCCGCAAGACAGUGUCAGAACCUAACCUGAAGGUGCGUUCACGGUUGAAGCAGAAAGUAGCCGAGAGGCGGAGCUCUCCGCUCCUCCGAAGGAAAGAUGGCACUGUCAUUAGCACUUUUAAGAAAAGAGCCAUUGAGAUUUCAGUCUCCCCGUUAUGUAAUAGUGCACCAGGCUCGGGUCCCAGCAGUCCCAACAGUUCUAAUACAGCUAUUGCCAAUGGAAACACUGGAUCUGUUCCCAACAUACAAACCGAGCUUCGAUCCCUUCAUCAGACACUGGGUGCUGACGGGACGUUGAGCCCGCUAAGUCUCUACACCUCGCCAUCUCUGCCCAAUAUCUCGUUGGGGCUCCCUGCUAACACACACAUCACAGCCUCCCAGAAGUUAUCAAGCCAACAAGAGGCAGAGCGUCAAGCCAUCCAGUCGCUACGAGCAGGCGGAGCUCUGACUGGGAAGUUUCUCUCUACAUCCUCUUUACCUGCAGGGGUCAGCCAUGAUGUAGAGACUCCGCCAUCUAGCUCUCAUUCUGCUCAUUCCUCGUUAUUGCAACAUGUGCUACUACUGGAGCAGGCCAGACAACAGACCGCUAUGCUAUCUGGCCCCAUGUACAGCCAGUCGCCCCUGGUUACAGCGGAGAGGGGCGUGUCCAGUGGCAUGCGGUCCGUCAACAAGCUGCCUCGUCAUCGGCCACUGGCUCGUACCCAGAGUGCACCUUUGCCCCAGUCGCCCCAGGCCCUCCAGCAACUGGUGGUUCAGCAGCAACAUCAGCAUUUUCUGGAGAAACAUUACAAGAUGCUUUCAAAGGGGUCAGAUCUUCCCAGGCCACCUCCCACCCAUCCAGAGGAGACGGAAGAAGAGCUAACAGAGACCAAUGACAUGCAGGAGGACGAUGUAGCGACAAGCAUUCACAGACUUCAGAAGGAGGGUUCUGACGAUAGCACAACUCCCUCGGAGCGACAGAAGGGCGAGGAGGAGAGAGGGGUUGUGCACGUGAAAGGGGAGAGUACAGAGAGCGAACUGGAUGAAGAGGAUGAGGAAGAUGACGUCAUCCAGCUGGGGGAAGGUGAUGAAGACAGCAAGGGGAGCUAUUCUCAGCAGGCCUUGCAGCAGAUGGGUGUAUUCCCUUCCUCGUUAGCCCACAGACCUCUGGGAAGAGCACAGUCUUCUCCUGCAGCAACUGUCAAUCCUGUCAAACAUCUCUUCACCACAGGACUUGUUUACGACAGUCUGAUGUUAAAGCAUCAAUGUGUAUGUGGCAAUGCUCACAUCCACCCAGAGCAUGCCGGGAGAGUGCAGAGCAUCUGGUCAAGGCUGCAGGAGACAGGCUUGCUGGGUCGCUGUGAGAGAAUACGUGGGCGUAAAGCAUCCCUGGAUGAGAUCCAGACUGUCCAUUCAGAGUUCCACACUCUGCUCUACGGAACCAGUCCACUGAAUAGACACAAACUGGACCAUAAGAAGCUACUGGGUCCAAUCAGCCAAAAGAUGUAUGCUGUUCUUCCCUGUGGAGGAAUAGGGGUGGAUAGUGACACUGUCUGGAAUGAGAUGCACUCGUCUGCAGCUGUCCGCAUGGCAGUUGGCUCUGUUAUUGAGCUGGCCUUCAGAGUGGCAGCAGGGGAACUGAAGAACGGCUUUGCAGUAGUGCGUCCGCCAGGGCAUCAUGCAGAGGAAUCCAAUGCCAUGGGGUUUUGCUUCUUCAAUUCCGUUGCCAUCACUGCCAAGCUGCUCCAACAGAAACUGGGAGUGGGCAAGAUACUUAUUGUGGACUGGGACAUUCACCAUGGCAACGGCACGCAGCAGGCUUUCUACGGUGACCCUAAUGUCCUCUACAUCUCCCUCCACCGCUACGAUGAUGGCAACUUUUUUCCAGGCAGCGGAGCACCUGAAGAGGUGGGCUCAGGUGCAGGUGUUGGUUUUAAUGUGAACAUUGCGUGGACAGGAGGAGUAGAACCCCCCAUGGGUGACGUGGAGUACCUCACUGCCUUCAGAAACGUGGUGAUGCCGAUUGCUCAGCAGUACAGCCCGGAUGUGAUUAUGGUGUCUGCAGGCUUUGAUGCUGUGGAAGGUCAUCAGUCUCCUCUAGGAGGUUACAAUGUCUCUGCCAAAUGUUUUGGCCAGCUAACCCAGCUCCUGAUGGGUCUGGCUGAUGGGCGUAUUGUUAUGGCGCUGGAGGGAGGUCAUGACCUCACUGCCAUCUGUGACGCAUCAGAAGCCUGCGUCUCCGCUCUCCUUGGAGACCCGAGUGGAUCUACAUUUCAGUGGCCUCAAGACAAGCCGUGUCCUAAAGCCUGUGCCUCGCUGGAAAGAGUGAUAGAGAUCCAGAGCAAACACUGGUCUUGCCUGCAGACUUUGUCUCAGACGAACAGCCAGCCGCUAUUGGACAGCCCACUGGGAGCUCACGGCCAAUCAGAGGAGGACGAGGCAGACACAGUGAGCGCCAUGGCCUCCUUGAGUGUCGAUGUGGAGCAGUCAGGCUCGGCUGCCAACAUCACUGACGGGAGCAGGUCCACAGAGGAGCCAAUGGAGGAGGAGCCUGUUUUGUAGGAGGGGCUUAACAAGGAAAGCACACAUGAAGACCACCUCACCCUCCUCCGGGCACCUUCUCUACCUUUCGGCAUCCCUUAUGGAUUGUGUAUAGGUACACACACAUUCACACAGAGAGAGUGGAAAUGUUGUGGAGGACCUCGAUUGGCUGAGGCAGCAAAAGGGAGGAAGCUCUGACAGUAUCAGAUGAUUCCAUUGGAGGAGCAGACAAAUUGUUAGCAUUUCCAUGGCGACCAGAGGAGGAGGCUGUCAGCAAGGACACGCCCUUUGUGUAACUGACUGUAACGCUCCUUCCUGCCUUGCGACCUGCACACAGCACCACUGAGUCUCUCUCCUUCCUCAAAUUUGCCAGCGACAAAGAGUGACCCCAAGUGUCAAGACGCCAAGCGUGACGCUCGCUUUUUCCAUCGGUGAAAAAGAGGCGGUCGCAGCGAGCUGGGCUGAUGGAGCGGGAAGAACGGGGAAGGAACCAGGUGCCUUUUUUUGUCCGCACACGGGGAGGAAAAAAAGAAAGCAUCCGACCGGAAACACUAAAAAAAAAAAAAAAAAAACAACACAAACACCGCAACACCUCAGUACACAAAGCAGCCGUUAGGACUGAAGAGACGCAGUAAUGCGCAUACACACACACACACACACACACAUCCAGCUGUAGUUUCACUUGGUCACUUCAUUUUAUUUUUCUUGUUUUUCAUCUGGAUGCCUUAAUUUGUUAAUCUUAUAUAUUUUGGAGGGGGAAAGAGAGAGGUUGUGGUCGUUUGGAACACGUUAAGAAAUGAUUAUUACAGUGGAACCCGCUUAAGUCAACCCUGUUUAUGUCCACAUCCCGUCUAGGCUGGGUUGUAGUAUUGUUCACUUCAUCAUUAUCACUUGUGUGUUUUUGCAAAAUCCAAUUGGUGGUCAUGUGGAAAUCAGGAAAUAAGGCUCUGUCCCACUGUGCCACCUGAGAAACAUUCAUUUAUCUUUCAGCUGCUCUACAGAUUUUGACAGGCGGUUAACGUUCCGAACUUUGGACCGCCAGCUUUGGAUAGCGAUUGAUGGUUCUUUUAAGUCACUACUCUAGAAAAAUCAUACCACUUUUUUCACUUUUAUGGCUCAGCCACUCAACUCAUGCAACAUGACAACAUUUUGACAACAAUCGGAUAAAAAUGAAAUGGCAAGUCACAGUCAUUAGUUGUCACUGUUAAUUGUUCCAGACACAAUCAUGAUAAGUAGGAUUUGUCAAUCAUAAAUUGAAUAUUUUUGUAGUUAGAACAUAGAAAACCUGUUUAGGACCUUCAAAAUAUGGUUUCAACAUUGUUAGAGCCCUCUUGACAUGAAAUAACACCCCUAUAGUCAUAGUCUAUAGUCAUUAUUACCCAAUAGAGUACAGAAAAUCUCUCUUCAUAAUAGCAACAUUACCCACAACCAGGGGUGUCCAAACUUUUACUAAAGUACAAUUAGUAGUAUCAAGAUUUUUGGAUGACUUUGGCAGAUUUUUCAAGGCAAACAGAGUAUUAUUGCGCUGUAGGGCAUGGCUUUCAAUGUGAAAGGUUGCCAAUGCUUGGCUGCAAGCUCGUAUCAAACUCACUUCUGCCACCUUGUGGCCGUUUUUUUCCAUCUUAAAACUGCACCAAACAUAAUCUCUUCUAUUGAGCAGUUGCAUCAUCACCUCUAAGGAAAACGUAUAAAUACGCCUUUGUUGUGAAUGAGUUAAUUUAAUUUCUACAAGGGACAGAGCCUUUAGCUUCAAAGCUUCAAAGGACCAAAGAUGCUUUCUUCUUUCGUGAUAAACUUCUUUCAUCAACAAAAUCGAUUUUGAGGUCCUUUUUCCAGGAUGUUUUUUGUUUACGUCAGCCAAUCGGAGGGAUGUCAACGGGUUGCACUGUAUUAUGAAAUAGAUGUCUACAUAAUGGUAGGAUUCCAUCAGACAUCUGAAUGUUAAAGUAAGAUGAAUAAUAAUAAUAAUAUUAGCAGCUACUGUAUAUCAAUAGGAAGCACCACCUCUUUCUCUCUCGCUUCCCCGUACGUAGAAAGGCGACUGUGGGAUUGCGGUCUGUUUUUAAAAACACUACCACCACAUCCCUCCUUUUUAAAAAAACAAAACAAAACAAAAACAUUUUCUUUCUAAAUUGUACAAUUUUAUGUUUGGUGUAAGAACGGUGUCCUGUUUUGUUGCAUCGCAGUAUCCGUCCUUUUUCUAAAUCUGUAAAUACUUGUACUUGUACUCUGUACAAACACAAAAUGACUUUCUAGACCUACCAUUUGUCAACUCUUUUCUAGGGGUUGGACAAAAUGUCAAGACUAACGUUUGUGGACUUGAUUUGGUAAGAGCACCACAAGUUGCAGCCUGCAGGCUUGAGCCGUAAAUUCAAUGGCCAUCCUCACUGAGGGUGGGGGCGUGUUGUAUGAUAUCACAUGUUGGCUUCAUGUACCCAACAUGUGGAGACAGGUGACACUUACAAGGAAAUAUGUCAAUGGAUUUAAUGUUUUUUAGACUAAUUAUGAACAUUCAGCUUUAUUUAUGGUAUAGGAGAUGUCACCUGUCUACAGUGGUGUGGAAAAGUGUAUGUUUGUCACAUUCACACUUCAGAUCAUCAAAUGUAAAUAUUAGUCAAUGACAACACCUAAACCUAAUAACUGGUUGGACCACCAUUAGCAGCAACAACUGCAAUCAAGCGUUUGUGAUAACUUGCAAUGAGUCUCUUCCAGCGCUGUGGAGGAAUUUUGUCCCACUCAUCUUUGCAGAAUUGUUGUCAUUCAGCCACAUUGGAGGGUUUUCCAGCAUGAAGCGCCUUUUUAAGGUCAUGCCACAGCAUCUCAAUAGGAUUCAGGUCAGGACUUUGACUAGGCCACUCCAAAGUCUUCAUUUGGUUUUUCUUCAGCCAUUCAGAGGUGGACUUGCCGGUGUGUUUUGGAUCAUUGUCCUGCUAAAGAACCCAAGUUGGUUUCAGCAGAAUUCAUGGUUCCAUUUAUCACAGCAAGUCUUCCAGGUCCUCAAGCAGUAAAACAGCCCCAGACCAUCACACUACCACCACCAUAUUUUACUGUUGGUGUGAUGUUCCUUUUCACCAGAUGUAAAGGACAUACCUUGGAUUUUUACUCCCUUUAAAUUUGUUUGAUGAUCUGAAACAAGUGUGACAAAGAUCCGAAACCACUUCUUCACACCACUGUAUAUAUAUGUACAGUAUAUUAGGAUAAAACCGUGUUUUAUCCUAGCAGAGUGGUUCUAUGGAUAUAUUCUAUGAUUCUAGGUUGAACUGAGGCUCAGUGACAGUGUAGUGUGGUCACACGUGCUGAAGAUGUUAUUGUUGAUGGAGGUGGACAGCAGGUUCUGGCUCCUCUGGUCCGGGUGGGCUGUGCUGCCCUCAGUCUGGACGACACAUCUGGAGAUGGCACAGUCAUGACUGCAAGAUGAUGUACAGUAUAUUUACUCCUUCAUUGCAAUGAACCCGUAUCGUUUGGAUUUGUAGUCCUGAUGCAUGGUGAUGCCCAUGAGCAAGGCCAUGCAACUGCGCUCCCUUUAAACCCAAUGCAAACUCUUUAGAAUCAAGGUGAAGGAGUUGCUUUUGACUUUUGAAGGGGUCUUUGUUAUUUGUUUGUGUCAUGUCGCCCACAUUUAAGUUGACUAAGAGGGUUGUCCAUGUAGGAUUUGGCAUAUCACGCACAAGAAGGACUAUUUUAUUCUGCAGUUGUCCAUCAAACCAGUGAUGGAGUGAAAUCAGGAGAUGUUUAAAACGGGACAAACUACCUAGCGUUUAUACACUUCCAGUCCCAAGUUUACAAACACUCAUCACAGUGCAUGGCAUAUACAUUUUGGGCCCUCCAAACCCUCCUGCUAGCUUGAUGUUGAUGUUCGCCUCAUUUCGUACAUUCUCUCUUCAAUUGCCAUUGUUCACUCAGGACAAAAUCCAGGUUGAACCCUGAAAUCGGCCCCAUUUGAAGUGAAAUGUAUAAGUACAUACUACUAAUCAACGAGAAUGGAAGUCCCAGCACAAAACUAUGGUGCGUUCAAGUGCACCAUCUCAACGCUUGUUGAGAGAAGAUGACCUUUAACAUCCGUCAAGGUAGAGCUAAUGGGCUGUCUAACAGUGAUACAUGUAUGCUGCACAUUCCACCUGCGUUAUCACGUGUUUAUUUACGUUUUUAUACACUUAUGGAGGACAAGAUUACGCAUACAAGCGGCCGAAAUGAGUUUUCUCCGUAGGGUGGCUGGGGUCUCCUUAGACCUGAGGUGAGAAGCACUGUCAUCCGGGAGAAACUGAGUAGAACCGCAGCCCUUUCAUAUUAAGAGGAGCCGGACUCCUCCCUAGGGAGGUGUUCAAGGGCAGGUCAGCUGGGAUAGGCUCCGCUAGUGAGGAUACGCUGAUGGAUGGAAUGAAAAACAAGAAUUAGGUGCAGAUCAUAUCAUCAUAUCAGGAAGCCUCACUCUAUCAAGUACUCUAUCCACUGUAAAACCAGUUUGAAGCAGGUUUGGGUUCAUAUUCCUAUUGGAACACAAACUGUACAGCCAUCUAGCUGUCCAUAUCCUACGUAACCUACUGAAAAUCCAAAAUAAAUUCUAAAUCGUUGAACCAAAUCCAGUUUUUAAAAAUGACUGAAGAUGCAUGGUCAUGUGAUCCGUCCAUCCUGUAAACAGAACGCUUCAAAUAAAUCAAGAACACCAAAAAUAAUAUAAGGAAAAUCCUGAUGAGUGGAUGCCAACUUGUGACUGGAACUAGGAUGCUCCGUGCAGGACAACUAGACCACUCAGGUCCAGACCAAGCUCAUCUAAACCUGCUGGCUCCGAGGUCCAACCUCAGUCCAACUCCCUAAAUCCCCGUCAAGCUUAGCAUAGCAUAGCAUAGAUAGCAUAGUGACAAAGCUCUGGCUGGUGCCGUUACCUCUGCUCCGCCGCAAUAUGACACUGACAGGACAGCAUUGAACACUACUAUUGGGUGUCGCCAUGGUAACACCACAAGCACACCAUUGACUGCUGUCCUUUUUCAUGCGUUGAGUUGCUGUCUUGCGUGGUGAUUGCAUGACGACGACAAAUUCUCAUCACUGUGGUGGGAGCACACAGUAGUGGGUUUUUUUUGAGUUGGUAGGCAGCAACAGCAACAAUUACCAUCUGCUAAUACAGGGUUGUCCAAAGUGCGGCACAGGGGCCAUUUGCUUUAUUUUUUUUAACUGGCCCAACCCACAAUUACAAUUAAACUUUAAAAAGAGGCAUCAUUUAAGGAGAACAAGUUGAAAUGUUGAACCUAAUAACACAACGCUAACAUGGAAAGUGUUUUUUUUUCUUGGCGUAUGUAUAACUUCCUGGACUGCUUUCAGCCCUGACACAAUGGAAAAUAAUGAAAUAAAAAAUAAUCCAGUAUAUUCACACUUGUGUCACUUGGGCACCCUCUAGCGGCAACUAAUUGCAGUGUAAUUGCAGCUACUGCUUAGUACAGCAAACUUGAAAAUCUUCAUAUUUAUUAACGAAUUAUUACUUGUUCAAGUGUUUAAUGCAGAGAUAUUUUUAAAUAAAAUAAAUUUCAUGAUGUUUAAUUGCACUUAAAUAAAAGCAUCACUGUUCCUAGUGUUGCAUUGUUUAAUUAAAAACAAAAAGUGUGGCCCACUUUGGAUACAAGUACUGGAAGUACUCGGUGUUCCUGUGUCUUGAUUGCGUAUAUUGCAUAAAAUCUAUUUGGACCAAUUUCCCAAACAAACAUUUUACAGCAAAUGAGUUGUAUUUUUAAGAUAAAUAAACAUUUAAGACUGCUGACUGUAACCCAACACAAUCAAAGAUGUUGUUGGUUGCUGCCUGGGGCGUCUUACUGUAUGAACACACAUCAGUUUGUCAUCUCUCAACAAGAUCAUACAAACACUUUAAAGUCAUGCUGUGUUGUGUUGCGUUGUGUCAACAUGGCAAGACAAAGCAUGUCUACUCUUUGACACACACACACACAAAGGUGAUACACACUCAGUAGUAAACUACUGAUUAUGUCAGGCUCCCAACAGGUUUGGGCGAUACUGCUAAUUUUGGUAUCGAUGUGAUAUCAAGUAAAUACAGGGCCAGUAGCUGCAAGAUUUUAGGCAAAUUAAAUGUAUGUAAAAAUGUAAGUACAACUAUGGGCCGAUAUCAGUAUCAAAAUGUGAUAUCAGUUGAUAUUGGUAUCAGAUUCCUUCCAUCAUGAAAAACAAUAUUUUAAAAAUGCUUCAACACAUAUGUGUUUAUUCCACCACAGAUGUCAUGUUACACAUAUCGGUAUCGGCUGAUAUCGGUAUCGGAAAUUGAGAGUUGGACAAUAUCGGCAUAUCGGACAUCCCUAACUACAACAAUAACAAAAUAACAUUAUUCCCUUUUACUGCAUAAAAAAAUAUAAGUCUGUACAGUAGAUCCCUGCAGCCUGUGUUACAUUCCAAGAACCCCCCUCACCUUCUCACCCCCCCCAAUUAAUAGUGGACACAGCCAUAAACACCACCAACCCUUUAAUAUGCCUCUCGCAUGAAUUCAAGGCUUUUUAAAUUCAGAAAGAAACAUCACGUCUUGUCAAAGCAUCUUCCUGCUGGAAAAUGUUGAUUGAAUUAACUUGAGAAAGAGCCCUCUGCUGAAUUUGUAGUUGCCGCACUUUUUUUCCUCCUGCAGAUAUCGCCGUCAAGCUUUUGACGGAAGCUUUUUCAAAAAAAAAUAAUUCUGCAAAUCUGCAGGGAUCUACUGUCAGUAAACAAAAGCUCUGAUACACGUGAUUUGUUUCCCCCCGAACCCCCACCCCAGAAGCUUCCUGUGGCCGAUAACUCAUUACACGAGUUUAUAAACAAUAUCUAAAUAUAAUAUGAACAACAAAAAGUGAAAACUAUCAAUGUCAUCAUACUAGUAUCAAUGCGAUACUGAUACUAUGGAUAUUUAGGUCCAUCCGCCCACCCUUGCUCUACAGUACAUACUUCUGCUCAUGACUUGCGUAUUUGUUGGUAUGUUUGAUACUGUGGUGUACAUAUGACGUGUAGUAUCCUGCUGAUAUGUGGGAGUAUAUAUUUGGCCAUUUUACGGGAAGGUUGCAUAUGAGUGGGACCUUCGUUUUCAGCAGGGACGUUCCCUCCUUUUUGCUUUUGUUUUGUUCCAAAACUCCAAAUAUUGUAGAGUCGGCACAGAUCACAAGCACAUUCCUUCUGUCCUUGUUGUUGAUGAGAAAAAGUCAAAUGUUCCUCUUGGAGUGUCUAUGAUACAUAGUGUGCUGACUCACGUGUAUAUAAACUGCAAAUACGUGUACACAUGUGCAAUACACGCUAUUCAAGCAAUCUAUAACUGUGACGAUUACUGAUGAUGAUAUUUGUUCUCAGCCCCGUUCGCCUCCUCGUCUCAUUUCCUUUGAAAGGGAUCCUGACUUUUUAGUGAUCAUUCACACGUUCAGUUCAGGGCUUUGUGGACUUUUUUUUUUAUUCCUUCACUCUUAAUGUUGUGAUGUUGCUCCUGAAUAAUGUUUCUUUGUUGUUUUUUUAAGUGGGCCUGUUGUUAAAUUUGUCUGGAAACUCAAUAAAGCAAUUCACUGAC